UCGCGUGUCUGUGUGGCUGUUCUUGUUUUUCUGCCUGGAGUUGAGCAUGAAUGCAGCCCAGCUCCCUUAUUCCCUGUGUGUAUUUCCUGCAGGGGGCAGUUGCUUAGGUGACCAGCAUUCCCCCAGCUCUUCGAGAAGCACACACAAAGCUGUCUGGUUACUGUUCCUCACUAUUGUUUACAGGGAAGAGUUACAAAGCUAAGAGAAGCCAUUUAGAACUGAUACGCACACAUUCAAUACUGCUAAUUAUUUAACAACAUAUAUUUUUGUGUACAUAUAUGUUUAUAUAUUGUGCACGUGUGUGUAUGGAUGCAUUCUUCCCCUGUUUUUUUUCAAGGCAAGUCUAAUUCUGCGAACAAAGCUGAGGAUGUAAAUCUAUCAUGUGCCGACAGUGGAUGCCUCCUUUGCUUUCAGAGAGUGAAUACAGAACACUGAUGCCUUUUAUCGCCAAUUAAGUAGUACUCAAUGUGAAGAUUUUGGCACCAAUCAAAAUGGAGAAAUAUGAAAAUCUGGGGCUUGUAGGAGAGGGGAGCUAUGGAAUGGUUAUGAAGUGCAGAAACAAGGAGAAUGGGAGAAUUGUGGCUGUCAAGAAAUUUCUUGAAAGUGAAGAUGACAAGAUGGUUAAAAAGAUUGCAAUGAGGGAGAUCAAAUUGCUCAAGCAACUACGACAUGAAAACCUGGUAAAUCUCCUGGAGGUGUGCAAGAAGAAGAAGCGCUGGUAUCUAGUGUUUGAAUUUGUUGAUCGCACUGUAUUGGAUGACCUGGAACAAUUCCCUAAUGGGCUAGACUUCAGCAAAGUGCGAAAGUAUUUAUUUCAGAUCAUAAGAGGAAUAGGGUUUUGCCACAGUCACAAUAUUAUCCAUCGUGACAUAAAGCCUGAAAACAUUUUAGUAUCACACUCUGGGAUUGUAAAGCUAUGUGAUUUCGGAUUUGCACGAACCUUGGCUGGACCUGGUGAAGAUUACACAGAUUAUGUGGCAACAAGAUGGUACAGGGCACCAGAGCUCUUGGUGGGAGACAUCAAGUAUGGCAAAGCAGUUGAUGUAUGGGCUAUUGGCUGCAUAGUGACUGAAAUGCUUACAGCACAACCACUUUUUCCCGGUGAUUCUGAUAUUGAUCAAUUACACCAUAUUGUUAAGUGUCAAGGUAACCUAACACCAAGGCAUCAGGAGUUGUUCUACAGAAACCCUAUGUUUGCAGGUUUUUCUUUGCCAGACAUGAAAGAAGCUGAAUCCCUUGAAUGGAGAUAUCCAAAACUCUCUCCAAUAAUGUUAGAUUUAGCUAAGAGCUGCUUGCAUAUUGAUCCAGACAAGCGGCCGGCCUGCAUGACCCUGUUACUGCAUGAACUUUUUACAAAAGACAGUUUCUCUGAAAGAUUCUCCCAGGAAAUCAGAGCAAAAUUGCAAAACCUUCCCAAAGACAACUCUUUGCAAUCCAAAAAACUAAAAAACCACAAAAAGGAAAAAGAAGAUUAUGCAAUAGAAAAUAAGACUACAGCAUUCCAGGAAUGCAACUUUGACUCGAAAAUAAAAGAGAUAAAACCCACAAAAGUGAAAAUAAUAAAAACUGAUAUGGAGAAGAGUGAGAAGAGCGACGCAUUUUCCAACAGCUUUUACAGUAGCAGCACGAACCAGAAUAAAAUUGCAUCGCACGUUGCAUUAAAAGAGACUAGUAACAGUCUGGAUCUUCACAAAAGUGCUGGGAUAAUUCCGCUAAUUAACUACAACUUAACUGCCAUAUCCCCAUAUAUGAACUCCAAUGCAAGCACUGUCUCUGGCAUAGGGCAUGGUAAUUUCAGGGGAGAAGAUAAAAGUAAACUGUAUAGCAAUUCCUUAAAGAAAAGUGGAAAACCUGCCACAGGAAGUCAUUAUAAUCAGAAUUUAGCACCUCUGGUUGACAAGAGUCCUCUACAAAGAAGCAAGAAAAGAUGGGACUUUUCUAAGGCUGAGAUGCGGUUACCAGAGCUUCACUACAGUCAUUUACCAGAACUAAAAGGCACAGAUUGUGGGACACUUUUUUGUGCUCAAAGUUCUAAGCUGACAAAGAAGGAUAGCAGGCCAGUACACGAACCCCGAAUUCCAUCUCUUGCCAUAAGUGAGCCUUACAAUGCAAGCAUGGCCUUGCCACAGGUUUUAGGAAACUCAUUGCAAGAGACGCCAGAUGCAAAUUUCCCUCCAGUGGAGCACUAGUGAAAAAAAAAAAAUUACAAAUGAUAUUUUCUACCAGUGGUAGAAUUAAGCACUAGGAACUCAGUUCAGAGUUAAAGGAUGGCCCUCCAAAGUAUAUUAUACAGAUAUCUGGCCUGUAUUAAAGUCAUAAAAAGUAGGGUAUCAUGGUCUCAGUGACUGUCACUGCAAUCCAACUCAAUACUGUUAUUUGUUGCAAGAUUAAAAAGCAGUAUGCUAUGCCUAUUAGGUCUGAUAUCUUGUAUCAGUAAAUCUCAUUCUGGGCACAACAUGUUGUAGCUUUAUUGUUCUGGUUUUAAUAAAAACAUAUAACAGUAA